CCCAUCUCCUCGUCCCUGGGAAGGAGAUGGUUCUGGAGGGGGAUAGAGGAAAAGGGGGAAGGGGGAGGGGAAAGGAGGAAGGGCAAGGAGCAGGAGGAGGGGAGAUGAGGUCAGGGUGUGAGCCUCUGAGCCCCUUCCCCUGCCCAAGGGAGCAGCUCAGCCCAGCUCUGGAGGGGUCAUCAUGGGACCGUGCCCACUGGGAGGGCACCGGUCUGGAGACAGUGGGUUCAUAGUGGGAGUGGGAUGGGGGUGGGAACACUGGGGACAGAGGACUUGACUUCCUGAGGUUGGAUGUUGUAAUCUUGGUUCACAAACUUUUGGCCUCAGUCCCUCCUGUUGCUCCUGGUAUUUCUCUGUCCCUUCACUUCCCAACACACACACACACACACACACACACACACACACACACACACAGUUUCUUUCUGUCUGGGAGUCCCUGGACAAGUCCCAUGGGAUUUUGCACUGGGAGGAACAGCAUAAGGCGUGAACGUGGAGGACAGUUUCCCUUUCAGGUCCCGGCUCUCUUGACUUUCCUGUAAGCGGCCACCCUGGAACUCUCCUGGAGACCUGAUGCCCGCAGCUGAGCUGCCCGCAGGAGCCGGUGCUGGGGACUGAGGGAGACUUAGGGUUCAGAGAGGAGGUGUGAUUGGCCUGAGGUCACACAACAAGUUAGAGACCCAGCUCCACGACUCACUGUCUUGGCUUUGGCCCUCGUCAUCCUGCCCACCCAGCGGGGCCUCCCAAUCCGCCACACGGCCAUGGAUGGGAAAGUGGCAGUGCAGGAGCAUGGGCCUCCUGCAGUCUCCUGGGUCCCCGAGGAGGGAGAGAAGUUGGACCAGGAAGACGAGGACCAGGUGAAGGAUCGGGGCCAAUGGAACAGCAAGAUGGAGUUUGUGCUGUCAGUGGCCGGGGAGAUCAUUGGACUGGGCAAUGUCUGGAGGUUUCCCUAUCUCUGCUACAAAAACGGAGGUGGAGCCUUCUUCAUCCCCUACUUCAUCUUCUUCUUUGUCUGCGGCAUCCCCGUGUUUUUUCUGGAGGUAGCGCUGGGCCAGUACACCAGCCAAGGGAGUGUCACAGCCUGGAGGAAGAUCUGCCCCCUCUUCCAGGGCAUUGGUCUGGCGUCUGUGGUCAUUGAGUCAUAUUUGAAUAUCUACUACAUCAUCAUCCUUGCCUGGGCUCUCUUCUACCUGUUCAGCUCCUUCACCUCUGAGCUGCCCUGGACGACCUGCAGCAACGUUUGGAACACAGAGCACUGCGUGGACUUUCUGAACCACUCGGGAGCCGGCACAGUGACCCCAUCUGAGAAUUUUACCUCACCUGUCAUGGAAUUCUGGGAGAGACGAGUUCUGAGCAUCACCUCGGGUAUCCAUGACCUGGGCGCCCUGCGCUGGGAGCUGGCCCUGUGCCUCCUGCUCGCCUGGGUCAUCUGCUAUUUCUGCAUCUGGAAGGGCGUCAAGUCCACAGGCAAGGUGGUUUAUUUCACAGCCACGUUUCCCUACCUGAUGCUUGUCAUUCUGCUGGUCCGAGGUGUUACCCUUCCCGGGGCCUACCAGGGCAUCAUCUAUUACUUGAAGCCAGAUUUGUUCCGCCUCAAGGACCCUCAGGUGUGGAUGGAUGCGGGCACCCAGAUCUUCUUCUCCUUCGCCAUCUGCCAGGGGUGCCUGACAGCCCUGGGCAGCUACAACAAGUACCACAACAACUGCUACAAGGACUGCGUCGCCCUCUGCUUCCUGAACAGUGCCACCAGCUUUGUGGCUGGGUUUGUUGUCUUCUCCAUCCUGGGCUUCAUGUCGCAAGAGCAGGGGGUGCCCAUUUCUGAAGUGGCCGAGUCAGGUCCUGGGCUGGCCUUCAUCGCCUUCCCCAAGGCUGUGACUAUGAUGCCCUUAUCCCAGCUGUGGUCCUGCCUGUUCUUCAUCAUGCUCAUAUUCCUAGGGCUGGACAGCCAGUUUGUCUGUGUGGAGUGCCUGGUGACAGCCUCCGUAGACAUGUUCCCCAGGCAGCUCCGGAAGAGCGGGCGGCGGGAGCUCCUCAUCCUCACCAUCGCCGUCACGUGCUACCUGAUAGGGCUCUUCAUGGUCACCGAGGGCGGGAUGUACAUCUUCCAGCUGUUUGACUACUAUGCUUCCAGUGGCAUAUGCCUGCUGUUCCUCUCAGUGUUUGAAGUGGUCUGCAUCAGCUGGGUGUACGGGGCGGACCGUUUCUAUGACAACAUUGAGGACAUGAUUGGCUACCGGCCAUGGCCCCUGGUGAAGAUCUCCUGGCUCUUCCUCACCCCUGGACUUUGCCUGGCCACCUUCUUCUUCUCCUUGAGCAAGUACACCCCCCUCAAGUACAACAACGUCUACGUGUACCCGCCCUGGGGAUACUCCAUUGGCUGGUUCCUGGCUCUGUCCUCCAUGGUCUGUGUCCCACUCUUCACCGUCAUCACCCUCCUGAAGACUCAGGGUUCUUUCAAGAAGCGCCUGCGUCAGCUCAUCACCCCUGACUCCAGUCUGCCACAGCCCAAGCAACACCUCUACUUGGAUGGCAGCGAUGGCCGGGACUUUGGGCCCUCCCCAGCAAAGGAAGGACUAAUAGCCGGGGAGAAAGAGACCCAUUUGUAGGGUGUAGCCAGAGGUCAGGCGGCUCCUAAGCCGGGAACCUAGGUCAGGGCCACCCUCCAUUCUCAGCGGACAGCCUCUGCCUCUGUCUCCUGCCACAGUCCUGCUGGGAACCUCUGGAGAGCCACAGGCACCCCCAGCUGGAGGCCAGACUCCUCUCCUGUGCUAGCUGGAGCAGCUCCUUCCCCUGUGCUGACAGCACUACCACUGGGACGCGCCAUGUUGGGAAGCCAUCCCUGUGGGACGGCACCAUCGUUUUUAUAAAGGGGGGUCUUUUUGGAGGCCACCAUCUGAUUGUAACGCCUCGAGUUAUGAGGAGUCCGCUGUGGGGGUGGCUCUUGUUAGAGCUUACUGCAUUUGUACACCGGGAGAGGAGCUCUAACUGGCAUGCGCACUGCCGUCCGAUGUGGAGAGCCUGAUGGGACAUACCCUGUUGGAAGUGACACUGAGCAACUGCGCUGUAUCGGAGGUUCCCUUACGGCGGUUCUCCUAGGCUUAACCACCAGAGGCAAGCACUUCACACGCCCUCAGGCUGGAGUCCUCCUCCCGAGGUCUCUCAUGGCACUGUCGCAGCCCCCCCUAGUUCCACACUGUUCUUGUGGUGUUUCACAGCUCCUGGAGCACUUGGGAAUGGAGGGGGGCUGUAGCGAGAGCAUGAUCCCUCAGACUUCCACAAACACACGGCAUGCCUCCGUACUGUGCAUUCACUGCCCAGGCCGACACUUGGCUAACUGAUCACAGACCUCUUUCCCACCUUCACAAUCCUUCAAAGCGCUCAAGGCAGACACCCGUUAGCAAACACUUGACCUCUCUAAACGCCAAAAACCGCUGACUUCCAUGGAUGAAGAACUGGAGACACACAAAGAGACAAAGGAGGACACUUUUCAAUGUUCCACAUGGCCCUUCCACUUGAAGCGCGGGACGCUCAUGCCUAAAAAUCCUACAUAUACAUCCAUACUUUGCAUCAGAGCCAGUGUCUACCCAUUAAAACCCCGCCUGCAGCUAUAGUUAUAAAAGUG